CAAGCGCUGUCAAGUCAAAUCUGCCUCAGCUGAAGCCUUUAACUUCACCGAUAUAUCCGCCAUACCCGUAGUAAAUUACCAUCUAACCUCCUCGGUUAUGGUUAAUAGCUCCCCUGUAAUGGCUGAAACUCCAUCUCCCAUAACAGACACUCGUAACUGGGAGGCCUCGACGUGGCGUCCAUUCAGAGACUGACUCACUCCCCCAUCAAGCGGCUCCUCCCUUCAGCCCUGUGUCUGCCCAACGGUUUGACAGUUUUUCAGUGCUUGCUUUUUUCGGAUCGAGAGGGGUGGAGGACUUGGUAUUUAAGAAGAGGGUGUUCCCCUCUUUGUAAGUGAGGAUCAAGUAGUCAGACUGGUAGUUCUUUGAGUGCUCAAGAGUCAAACUGUCUUCAACACAUCUAGAUAUCUAUCCUCCCAAUAUUCGUGGCUUGCAAUGUCUACUACAACAUCAACUCACGGCCUGACGGUCACAGGUGUCCCAAAGAUGCCUUUCUGGUUCACCAUCCUUCGCGGUGCGGCUAUUGUCCUCUCCCUCGGUGUCCUCAUAACCGCAGCCUACCAUCUCUCCCUCCUCGGAAGCUGGGCCCAAUACUAUGGUGGCUCUGGUCCAGCUGGCUUCCUCAUAUUUGACGCUAUCUUCACCUGGCUCGUUCUAGGCUCCAUGCUCGCCUCUGAGUAUUUCGCCCCCCAUCUCUACAUGCGUCUUCUCUUCUUCGGCUCUCUUGUUCUCACAGCUAUCUUCUGGCUUUCUGCUUGGGCGUGGGCUGCGUCGUGGGCGGCAGACUUUUAUCGUGUGUACGAUGACUAUGGACUUGGUCGGGCGAAUGGUCUUGAUGCGUGGGGUGCCACGCUGGCCGCUGGUGCUGCUCUGGGUGCUGUAACUUGGGUUCUGGUGGUCGUCUUCACGGUGUUCUUCGUCAGAGCUUGUCUGGCUGAUCCUCAUGGCUCUUCAUUCUCACCUAGACCCCAAAAUGACGCUGAGGCCGCCCAGCCAAAGCCUGAAGGACCUGUCUAUGCAUAGAUGGUUAGCAGAGCACAUGGACAAGAUAGAGGGUGUUGGGGGGGAGAAGAGACUGAGUUGGUUAUACCCGUGAGACGAUGAUUCACAGUUGGAGUGUGUUGUCCAUUCAAUCACAAGAGUAAGAGGGACGAUUUUGUUGCAGAUGUCUAGUAUUGCUAGUCAAGCCUGUGAAGGCAUCCUAUACCUAGUGACCACCUAUGUGCUUUCGAAUUUUUGUUUUCUUUUGAAAUACCGUACAAGAUGUUCAUA